AUGUGUGACUAUUUCGAUUGGGAUGAUGAUGAUAAAAAACUAAUGAUAUCACUUCGUUAUUGCUCACAUGAAACAUGUGUAGCACUCACUCAACCAACUUAUUGGCAAGAAUUAACACUAGGUACAUCAAUUUCAAUAUCAGCAAAGGGAAUUUUUGUUCCCAAGGAAUUGGAAGAAAUAAUUGCUGAUGAUGAUCCUUGGAGACUUCAACUUAUUAUUCAGAGAGAACAUGAAAAAGACAAAAAAAAAUUAGAAGAUCGAGAUCGUUCGAAACAAUUGAGUGAAAAGUUCGAUGUAGAAGGCAUUCCAACACUGGUUGUUCUAUCAGCUGAUGGAAAAAUCUUAACUGGAGAUGGCUGCGAUGAUGUUCUUAGCAAAGGAGCUGAAGCUAUUCGACUCUGGUCAACAGAUGAUCAAAAAACUACUACAUCCCCAAAAGAAUAUGUAUGGCCUGGAGUUUCUUGCAAAGGAUGUCAAGUGAAUCCAAUUAUGGGACAACGAUACAAGUGUUCUACUUGUGAUGGCUACAAUUUAUGCUCUGCAUGCCAGAAGAAUGGGCAUGAGCAUGAACUUACACUUGUGCCACAGACAUUAACGACGAUUGAAACACUUGUUCGCAAAGAAAUAAAUGCAAACCCUUAA